GGGGCCUCGUUCCUUAUUUAGGGUUCCUUAGGUCAACGCCCCGACUGUACCUGAGUGAGUUCCCGCAAAGCUCGGAGGCUGCUGCUCGUCAACGCGCGCCCACGCGUGGAAGGCUGCUGCGAGCUGCCGAGAGCCGGGGAGACCAUGGCGCGGGCCAUACGACGGCCCGCCCCGCCCCUUCGCACCGGCUUCGAGCUGCUGAUUCUCGACGCGUCCACGCUGGAGACACUGAGCGUCCACGAUGGCCACCACGCCUUCACCACCGCGGACGCCCCCUUCAUCGUGCACGCCGACGCUUGGGCGGACUCGGACCUCGUGGCCAGCGGUGGCGAGGACGCGUGCGUGCACGUCUGGCACCGGUCCCACGGCCACCGGCUGGCGCGCUUGGAAGCUCACACGCGCGCCGUGAAUGCGGUGGCCUGGUCCCAGGCCCUCAGGCUGAUGGUUUCGGCAUCUGACGACCACACUGUCGUAGUCUGGUCGUGCGCUUCCGCCCGAAGCAGCUCGUAGCGGCGUUGUAUGCCUAGUCGCUCGAAUGGCACCACGCGUGGGUGGGUGCACAGUUUUGGGCUGGCGCGUACAGAACAGAAGAGCACGGAUACACUUGCGAGUACAUACG